AUGUACGCCGCUCAGAAUAUAACGCCAACAGUUUUGGAUGCCAUGAAUGGAAAUGUUUCCGAAUGGUAUAACGAAUGCGACAAUGCCAUUAGAAGGUCAGAAAUAGUUCCUGGAACUUACGAAUAUACAACUGCUGUUUCUUAUGGAAACGUAGGUGAGUUUGGAGAAGGUUCUUCAACAACAGUAGAUAUUGCUUGCGACAGGUUUCAUAUUAUUUCUAUUGACAACUCUUUCUUAUACGUGGAACAAGACAUUGAAAUAAAACCUUCUGCCAAGUUGUCUGACAAGAAAGGUUGCAAUGGAAUUUUCUAUGUCGGAUACCAAUAUGCUCCAGAAGUUUUCAUGGGAUAUAAGAUAUAUUCUAACUCUGACUUAGUUCAAACAGUAACAUGGGCAAACUAUGAAUGGUUCGCUUUGAGAAACUCAGUACAACCACAAGCUAGAGAACAAACAGACCAGUAUGCAACUAUUGAGAAAAUAAGAAGACUUGACCCUAACGUUCCAGGAGUUUAUGUUAACCUUUCUG